UCACUCGAGGUUGUGCAAAGUGCAGAACGCCUAGAGAAAACACUAUUUUGCCUAGUAAAUUGGUACGAUAGGUUCAGACAAGAUGCUCUCGGCCAUGAUAAAAGAUCAUCAGGCUAAACAAGCCGCCAAGAAAGAGGAACAAGAACGUCGCAGGAAGGAAGCAAUUAUGUCCGCGAAUGAGCUCACUCAAAAUCUUGUAGACCAUCUCAACGUGGGUGUUGCCCAAGCCUAUUUGAAUCAGAAGCGACUGGAUGCUGAAGCCAAACAACUGCACGUAGGAGCAACUAAUUUCGCAAAGCAGACGUCCCAGUGGCUUGCGUUGAUUGAGAAUUUCAAUGGUUCAUUGAAAGAAAUCGGUGAUGUAGAGAAUUGGGCCAAGACAAUCGAGAACGAUAUGAAUGUCAUAACAACUGCGCUAGAAAUAGCUUACAAAACGAGCAGAGAAAAGUAGAUUGAUUCAUCUCUCGAUAGCUGUACAUUUUAGUUUUAUAAGUUUUUUUAUUCUUCAUUCAUUUUUGCCAAUGCGUUCGAUUUUGUGUAAAUCACAUGCGUUAUGUUAACAAUGAUUGUGCAUAAUGCAGUGUAGGUAGUUUUGUACUGCGUCUAUUGUUCGUACAAGUGGUUGAAACACAUUCCGUUUCGUUUGUUCCCGAAUGUAGAAAAGCAAGUUUUUUUUGAAAGAUGUAACAUGACCGUCAUCCUCCAUUGUCAGAAUAUAAAUUUAAGGUUAAUGUGUAAAGUCUUAAAACUUGAAUAAUAUUUGAACUUGU